AUGGCAGUGACGCGUGCUCGGGACGCCUUCCAGCCCUUUGUCACCAUGGUCUUCCUGCAGCUCCCGCUGGCUAGCAUCUGGAAAGCCAACUUUGACGUCAUUGGGCCUCAGGCUCCUAUUCUGGCCAUGGCUGGGGGACAGGUGGAGCUGUGGUGCCAGCUGUUCCCCAGUGUCAGCGCCGAGGACAUGGAGCUGAGGUGGUACCGGUGCCAGCCCUCCCUGGCUGUGCACGUGCAUGAGAGAGGGAUGGACGUGGAUGCAGAGCAGGUGCCGCAGUACAGGGGAAGGACCACCUUCGUGAACGACCACGUGGCAGGCGGCAAGGCCACCGUGAGGAUUCACAGCGUCACCGCCUUCGACAACGGGACGUACUGCUGCCGCUUCCAGGACGGCGCGGAGUUCGGGGAGGCCGUGGUGCAGGUGCGGGUAGCAGGGCUGGGCACGGAGCCCAGAAUCCAGGUGACGGCCGGGCAGGACGGAGUCAGGGCAGAGUGCACGUCCGCAGGCUGGUUCCCCGAGCCCCGGGUGGAGUGGAGAGACUUCAGGGGCCAGGCGAGGCCCGCCGUGACAAACCUCUCAGCCUCAGCCACCACCGGCUGGGCUGUGGCGUCCAGCUUGACCCUGUGGGACAGGGCUGUGGACGGUCUCUCCUGCUCCAUCUCCAGCCCCCUCCUCCCUGAGCAGAGGAAGGUAGCUGAGAGCCGCCUGCCUGCUACCUUUUCCAGAAGCUCCGGGUUCACGGCAUGGAAAGCGGCUCUGCCUCUGAUCCUCGUUGCAGUGGGACUCCUCACAGCUGGAGGCCUCUGUAUCUUCUGGAAACGUCCAAGGGAAAAGAACAAAAGGUGGCCGGAAGAAGUGAGGGAGCGAAGGGAAGAGGAGCAGCAGCCGCCCGCCAGCAGCGAAGAGGCUGAGCCAUGGCGGGGUGAGCAGGGAGCCCGACGAGGCACGUCCCGCCCCUCAAACCCAGGACCCUAG